AUGUCGCUGGAUUCAAAAGACGACGAAGAUUCAAUUGAAAUCCGCGAAGUCUGGAACAACAAUGUUGAAGAGGAGUUAUCAAUGAUUUCACAAUACAUUGACGAUUUCCCUUACGUCGCCAUGGACACAGAGUUCCCUGGAAUCGUUUGCAAAUCAGUAACGAUAGAUCCAAGCCCUAGACGCAACGAAUUCAACUGCUACGAAUCCUUGAGGACGAACGUGAACAUGCUAAAUAUGAUUCAGCUUGGACUCACAUUAUCAGACGAGCAAGGUAACCUCCCAACCUGUGGAACCAACAAGAAGCAAUGUGUCUGGCAAUUCAAUUUCAGAGAAUUCAACCUCAAAACCGACAUGUUUGCAAUCGAUUCAAUCGACCUCCUACGUCAAUCAGGCAUCGAUUUCGCCAAAAACAGGGAAUUCGGCAUCGAAUCAAACCGAUUCGCUCAGCUUCUAAUGGGUUCAGGAGUAGUGCUUAACGAUAAGAUACAAUGGAUUACAUUCCAUUGUGGAUACGACUUCGGAUACUUGCUGAAACUCCUCACGGGGAAGAAUCUGCCCGAGAAGCAAUCGGAAUUCUUCAGUCGGGUUAAGAUGUUUUUCCCGGUAUUGUACGACAUCAAACACCUGAUGGAUUUCUGCAGUGGUGUCUAUGGCGGUCUGAGCAAAGCAGCGGAUAAGCUUGAGGUCAAACGAGUCGGGAUUUCGCACCAGGCUGGAUCAGAUAGCUUGUUAACGUUGCGUGUGUUCAGGAAGAUGAAAGAGACAAAGUUCACUGGUCCCAUGGAUAAAUAUUCUGGUGUUUUGUAUGGAUUAGGAAGUGCGUUUGGAGCCAAAAUGAUACACACAAGUCUAUCAUUAGGGAGCUACAUUAUAUAG